AACAUGGGUACCCUCAUGUAUUUUUUUUUCAACUCAAUUUUCAUGUUUGUGUGAAAAGUGACCCCUUUAAAUAUUUGAUUAAAUUUUAUGAUUUUUGGUUGAUAUACAGUUAAUAUGUGCUUAGGGAUGACUAAAAAAGAAUAUUAAAGAAACAGGAGGGGGUAUAAAUAUUACAGAAAGUGUAUAUUUAGGAUUAAAGACACCUACCCUAUGAAUUUAACCCACAUUUUCUCUUACACGUGUAUGAAAGUUACUUAAAUAUGUCUUUUAUUUUUAUUAUCUACUUAAUAUGUUGGACAUAAAAUAAGAACAUAAAACACAGAAGAUUUAAAACCAACAAUAUAUCUCACCAGUGAUUUCUUUGUUCCAGCAAUUCCACUCCAAACUUUCAGAAAUCAUACACAUAUAUCAUAAGAACAUGCAACCAAUUAAAUAAGUCCUCAAUUUUCAAUUCUUUCUCGGAUUUCACAACUUUAAACAAAUCUAAAACUAAGUCAUUUGGUAUAUUGGAAAUAGUAGGUACUGACCCACUGUUCAAGUCUUCGAGAGUUAUUCUAAAGUGUUCCAUGCUACCUAUAUGUCAUAAUCUAAGACAGUACGAUGUUUUGAUACAUCCUUUGGAUCUUCAAGUGGGUACAACUUCCAGUAUGUCUCAGUAAAAUCAGUAAAGCCCAAUUUCUUGUUAGAUUUCUCAACAUUAAGAAUGUCAAUGAAGUGUUCAAUCAGAUUUGUUUUCAUUUCUCAUUUUUUACGGUCAGUGUAUUAUAUUUUCUCAAUGUUAUCUCUUAGUAUCUACAUUGUUGUUAUGUUGACAGCUACUUCCAACCUUGCAUUGAAUAAACCUGCAACACAAUCAUCAACGUUUACAGGGCCAGCAAAUAUUCUGAACUUCUCUGCCAAUUUGGCAGUUGAUGGUAACAACGGUACAGACUUUGCCGUAGACAAGUGUUCAUGCACAGAGGGUGGAGACACAAAUCCGUGGUGGUUGGUGGAUCUGCAGGCUGUGUAUUUCAUCACAUCUGUCAGAAUAUUCAAUAGAGGAAUGGACAAGUGGGGACUAGAUGUGUCAGACCGGCUGCGGAAUGUUACCGUCACUGAAGGGCUGACAGAGUCAGAUGUCAACACUCCCUGUGGUUUCUUUGCUGGUCCCGGUACUUUGUCACAGCUGGUCGUCAUCGACUGUCUGACAUUACCACAGGGGAGAUUCGUAAAGAUCUCCAUGAUAACUGAGUAUCUCACUCUUUGUGAAGUUGAAGUGUUUGGAUACUCUGUCUAAUUAUAAUUGCCGAUGUCUUUUAUCUAAAUGAUU